CUGGGUCGGGGAGUGUCCAUCCUCGGCUUGUUUCCCCACAGACCGCCUCCCUCGUCUCUUUGAGUCCGGGCCGGCUGGAAGACUCUACCUGGCCUACCUGCUGUUUUUUUUUUUUUUUUUGCUUGCGCGGUAUGCUGACCGGCUCUUGCCGGCCUCAGGGACCAGCGGGACGGGGUGCUGUGGCUCUGUGACCGGGGCGAAGGAGGAGGACAUCCCUGUCUUCAAGCGGAGACGGAGGUCCAGCUCCAUAGCGGCCUCGGAGAUGAUGGCUCACAGUCAGAGCAACAGCAAGUCCCACCGCAGGACUUCGCUACCUUGCAUUCCACGGGACCAGUCGUCAGGUACCAGUGUGGUGGUGGACAUCUCCGUGAUGGGUGAAGCCCACGGUUUGAUAUCAGACCUGCUGGCAGACCCUUCGCUGCCUCCUAACACCUGCAGCUCACUGAAGGCUGUCAGCAGCCUCCUCAGCACCCAGAUUAGCCUCCAGCCACUCCAUCGGCCCCACGUGACGCCAAUCACACACACCUGCUCUGACUCUGAGGACGGCCCCGAUAAGGCGGAGAGGCUGGCCAUUCCAAAGCGUCUAAGGCGGAGCCUUCCCCCGGGAUUGUUGCGCAGAAUCUCAUCAACGUGGACCACAACCACCUCUGCCACAGGGUUACCUGCCAUCGAGCCUGGACCGGUACGAAGAGAUCGCUCAGCCAGCAUCAAAUACACCACAGACAGUGAAUCAUGGAGAAACUCAGUCAUGACGACCAUCUCGAAAAGCCGCUCCAUGUCCGCCUCGUGUGCUGCAUCCAUCACCCUAAACCACUUCUACAGCAAACAGGGAAGACCAGGCUUCGUCCCCUCCAACAUAUCACCUCUGGGUUCUCCAUGCCCGUCACCUCCUGUUCAAGGCACUCCUGUCUCCAGUCCAACCAUCAAGACAUGUUCAGUGCAGCUUCCCGAGCUGGCCGGGACACUAAGAGAGCAGACCCCUGGCUGUGAGGUCUCCAAGAGCCACCACCGAGCCUUAACUCACAGCCAGAGCGCCCCGAGCUCCACGACUCCUCACUGGCGGCCUCCAUCACUCUGUAGCAGCUGUGGCAGGCCGUUCAACAAUCGACUGAACCAUGGAGUGGAAUCUAUUGUCAAGACAGACCGAAUACCCCGUCCAGAUGAGCGUGUGGUCAUCUCAUCGGACUACGACAGCACCUAUGACAGCACCUAUGAGACCAACCACAGUGACAGCAGCGACUUUGCACAGAACGAGGAAGACGCAGAGGCAGGAAAGAAGCCGUCCGAUGGAAGAGAAGGUUGCAGGGAAUAUGCAGCGGAGAGCAUCCUUCUGCACCCCCUCCUGCCAUCACCUGAGGACAAGCUAAUCCUGGCCCCAGAGCCCCUGGUGAUGGCUGGGCUGGAUCCUCUCAUGAGUCAACUCAACAAAUGGAAUUUUCCUAUUUUCAGUUUAGUGGAGAAGACUCAUGGCAAGACAGGUUGUAUUCUUAGCCAGGUGUCAUACAAGCUCUUCGAAGACACAGGCCUGUUUGAGACCUUCAAGAUUCCUUUAGCAGAGUUCAUGAACUACUUUCAUGCUUUGGAGAACGGAUACAGAGACAUCCCUUAUCAUAACAGGAUCCAUGCCACUGAUGUGCUGCAUGCUGUUUGGUACCUCACAACACAGCCCGUGCCCGGCCUGCCCACGCUCCUGACUGAAAACGGCAAAUACAACGACUCAGCGAAUGGCAUAACCCCCAGUGCUACGGCCUUUCUGUCAUCUAAGAUGAACGCUUUGCUGGAGGAAGGCUACGGCUCCUUGUCGGGCCUCAUCCCGGGCCUGGAGCUGAUGGCCUUGUACGUAGCCGCUGCCAUGCACGAUUAUGACCAUCCAGGAAGAACCAAUGCCUUUCUAGUAGCAACCAGCGCACCGCAGGCUCUUCUGUACAAUGACCGUUCAGUCUUGGAAAAUCACCACGCUGCUUCAGCAUGGAACCUCUUCAUGUCUCGUCCGGAGUACAACUUCCUGGUUAACCUUGAACAUGUUGAGUUCAAACGCUUCCGCUUCCUUGUCAUCGAAGCCAUUUUGGCCACUGACCUCAAAAAGCAUUUUGACUUCCUAGCAGAGUUUAAUGCCAAGGUGGGUGACGAAGGAGUGUCUGGUAUUGACUGGACAAAUGAAAAUGACCGAUUACUGGUGUGCCAGAUGUGCAUCAAGCUGGCUGAUGUCAACGGACCACUGAAGUGUAAGGAGCUGCACUUGCAAUGGACUGAGGGGAUCGUCAAUGAGUUCUACGAACAAGGUGAUGAGGAAGCAAGCCUGGGCCUCCCCAUCAGCCCAUUCAUGGACCGCUCUGCACCACAGCUCGCUAAACUACAAGAGUCAUUCAUCACUCAUAUCGUGGGACCCCUCUGCUCGUCCUACGACUCUGCCGCCCUGAUGCCGGGUCACUGGGUGGACCCGCCAAAUGGCCAGAUGGAGUUAGAGGAGGCGAAGGAGAGUCAAGACACGGAGGAGGAGGAGGAGGAAGAUUUGGUAGAAGAAGACGCGUCUACUGAUUCUGACGCUUCCCAGAUGCAAAAGACAAAGAAGGAAAUCAGGCGGAAAGUAUUCUGCCAGAUCACACAGCACCUUCUGGAAAACCACGAAAUGUGGAAGCGAGUCAUUGCGGCAGAAAUUCAGAAGGACGCCUUGAAAGAGACCCAAGACCCGAUCACGGCUAUUCACGAGGAAGAGGAGGAACAAGCGAGCAAAGAGGAGGAAGAGUUGACUGACGGCUUUGAUCAAAUUGACGACACGCCAGCUGUAGAAGAAGAGGACGCCCUCUCGCAAUCGGAGACAUCAGGUGGAAAAGAGGAGGAAUCGGAGUAAUAGUUUGAACAAUAACCUCCUUUUUUUCAAAGCAGGAAUUUAUUUAAACGUUGUUUGUCGAUCUCUUAACUCUUGAUAUGUUAGCCAGCACAUUACUUUGACACAACACUGUAGAAGAUGUUUUUGGUAAGUUGUGCCUAACAAAAACAGGGUUUUUGACCAGGAAUAGCGAAAAGGGGCAAAAGAAGUGACCUCGCUGGAGAACAAGGGGGAAAAAAAAAUCAUACAUCACAAUUUCCUUAUCUAGGCCGUCCAUUCUUUUGCAUAUGCACACACAUAUUCACAUAACCCCUUCAUCCAUCAGUGAGUAAUACACUGUUUCAUCGCCUUGCCUUUACUCCUGUUGCUCCCAGCACCCGGCCAUCUGAGGAUAGUCAACAACAACCCCCUUCCUUUUGCAGACAAUGAGGUAAAAGCCAGGAAAAAGCUGUUUCCACUGAGUGUCCGUCAGGUUGAAAAGAAGUUGUACUUUGCAUAUGCAAAUGUACAGUAGACCCAUGGACUUUUAUGUAGGCGUACACUCGGAUGAACGCAUUCCAUACAUUGACCAAAACAGGAUGUUCAACAAAGAACCUUUUGAAAUAUAUUUAGAAUAUGAUGUCUCGUUCGGAGUUUCCUCCACACAAACACAAUUUAGAAAGAUGAAGAGUCAAAAUAGUCAAAAUAUUCAGAAUUUGUGUUGCCUUUGCAUCACGCUCCAAACAUCAUUGUUUGUAUCGUGGCUGCACAUGCGAGCGUAAGUAGGGGUAAGCUAUUCGCAGAUGGAAAAUACAUUAAAGAAUUUCAGAGCAUAUCUCCUCUAAAAUCUAAUAUAAACAGGGAAUUAUUAUUAUUCAUUAAAUGUGUUACAGGCCUCUCUGCAAAGACAGGAUCAACAUAAUGAAAACAAACAUCAUGAGUCGGCAUUAUUGCUACAGCAUCAGUCGGCUGCGUCUUAAUAUAAUACAUUAACGACUAAGUCUACAUAGUCUACACAGUACUGUAUGCCUGCAUGCUUUGUAGAUAAUCCAAAAAAAGUCUAUUUUAAUGGUGCUCCAUCUAUUUAUGCAUUCAUUUUCUAUCACUUACCCUGUUCAGAGGAGCUCAAAUGACAUUAUGGUGCAUGUUUAUACAUGGCAGGCACUCAUUAUUCCGUGAUAUUUUUGAGAGCGAGAAAGAGACUUGCUGGCUGAAGAUGUCCAAUGAAUGUUAAGUCUUCAGUUUAACUUCUUAGAUGUAGUUAAGCAGUCAAGUAGCAUUGAUAGAUGCCGUUUCAGAAGCUCUGUGGCUAUCUGACUUUAAUUGCUUAUUCCAUUUGCAAACGUAUUCCCCCUAAAGCAAGGUUGUUUGCACAUGACGGGAUAUAAGAUGCCCUGGAGCUAACAGUAUACCGGCAGCUGGGAAGACAACGUUUAAAAACAAUUCUUCAUUCAGCCUAGAUCUUCCCAGUGCAAAUAUAAGCUUGUUUUCUUUUCAACUUUCAACACACUUAGGUGUUACGCAUGAUUGACAGGUCCGACUUCACUCAGGAAAAACAAGCCAUAGUGUCAAAUAUGAAUUUAAAAAAAUGGUCCAACAGUCCAUAUCUAAAAUAAUAGAAUUCAGACUGACAUAGUGAUGUAUGAGGUGUAGUCAUAUCCCUGAAUUUGACUGAAUUGGGUUGUAGUACUUUUAGCGCCACUGUUUCAGUACAGACUUGUUGGAAAACACAAACAGCUUAGCAUGCUUAACUGCAACACCUAAAGGUCAACAAGUACAUGUUCCAGUUGCUCAAACAAAAGGCACCUACUGUAAGUUCUCUUCGUCUUCCAAAAAUAAUGCUGUUUUAUUUGUUUUAAACAUGUAGCACCAAAAUACUCUUGGAGUUGUUUACAAAACCAAACACUUAAAGGGGCCCUAUUCCACAUUUUUUACUUAAAUUGUCCAUCUUUAAAAUGCAGGCUCCGGGACGGACGUCGCUUUAACAAUACUGGAACAAUAUACCGAGAUAACUAUUUAACCUCCAUUUUAUUUAUUCUAAACAUAGUUUUGAUGUCUGAUUUAAAGCAGGUAAUGUCGCAUCAACGUAAAAAUUACUGAUGCCUAUAUAUGACUUCACUCUUUCGUUCGUACACCCUGGACUGGUCGCCAGCCAAUCACAGGGCACAUAAAGACAAACAACCAUUCACACUCACAUUCAUACCUAUGGACAAUUUGGAGUCGCCAAUUAACCUAGCAUGUUUUUGGAAUGUGGGAGGGAACCGGAGUACCUGGAGAAAACCCAUGCAUGCAUGGGGAGAACAUGCAAACUCCACACUCCAAUCGCAGGUCAGCGAAGAGGAGAAGAAUGCAGAUUUUAAGUUUUUAAAGUCCCUGAAAUAAGCAGGAUAGGACCCCUUUAAGGAAUGUAUGUCGAU